UUUGGUGGGUUUGUCCCUGUCCUUUAUUCAGACAAGAUCAAAAUUGGGAAAACCAGAAAUUACCUGAGUUGGUGAAACAAAACAUUUGCAAAAAAGAAUCAAGGUUGAGAGAGAGAGAUACAGUUCCUAAUGGAGAAAGUGAAUCAAACCUUCUUCUUGUCUCAUGGAUCUCCAACUUUAAGCAUAGACGAUACCUUAGAAGCGAGACAAUUCUUCAAAUCAUGGACUCACAAAGUUCUUCCUCAAAAACCUAAAUCGAUCUUAGUCAUCUCUGCUCAUUGGGACACCAAAUACCCAACGGUCAACACUGUUCUUCGCAAUUCAACGAUCCACGAUUUCUCUGGCUUCCCUGAUCCCAUGUACAAGUUGAAAUAUGAAGCCCCAGGAGCGAUUGAAUUAGGGAAGAGGGUUAAAGAGUUGUUAAUGAAAGAAGGAGGAAUGAAACGUGUUGAUGAAGAUACAAAGAGAGGACUUGAUCAUGGAGCUUGGGUUCCUCUUAUGUUGAUGUAUCCAGAAGUUGAUAUACCUAUUGUUCAACUCUCUGUUCAAUCAAACCAAAAUGGGAGUUAUCAUUAUAACAUGGGUAAAGCGUUAGCUUCAUUGAAAGAUGAAGGUGUGCUUAUCAUUGGCUCUGGAAGUGCUACUCAUAACUUGAGGAAGCUUGACCAUAGUAUCGCUCAUGGCGGAUCGGUUCCUUGGGCUUUGGAGUUUGAUACUUGGCUUAGAGAUUCUCUCCUUCAAGGAAGAUAUGGAGAUGUGAAUGAGUGGGAAAAGAAAGCUCCCAAUGCGAAAAUGGCGCAUCCAUGGCCUGAGCAUUUGUAUCCGUUACAUGUUGCGAUGGGUGCAGCAGGUGCAGAUGCAAAAGCAGAGCAAAUCCAUACAAGUUGGCAACUUGGUACCUUGUCUUAUUCUUCCUAUAGCUUCACUUCUCCUCCUUGAAACAUUUUCAAGCUUCAUCUCCUUCACUUGUCUUUGAUUAAGCUUUUGUGUGUUCAUCUAAUAAUCCUAAUCCUGUCUUGUAUACAAAAAUACAGAUCCUCUGAGUCUGUACUAUUAUGUAUGAAUAUGCCAUGUGAAUUUAAAGAAAUUGUGUUCUUUGUAUUUGUAACACUUUUAUCUCUGUAUUAGCUUUUCUCUGUUCAUCAUCUGAACCUUUAAAAUCU